GAAAUGCAUGUAAUUUAAGUGGCUUUAUUAAAGUUUUCACAAUUGACCUAUGCACCAUUAAUACAGUAAAACCAAAGGAAGAGAUAAGGAAAGACUCCAGAGGACUGCUUAUCAAACAAGAGUGGAAAGAUGGGGGGGUUUUGUCCAGCUCCCAGAAAGAUGGCAUUAGAGGCAAGACUACAAGAAACUACAGGUCUGCUUUGAAAUGACAGCAGCACGUUUAAACGAGGGAGCAGAGGAGAGUAAGCAUUACAGGGGAAGCACCGGGCUCUGAAGAGCCCAGUAAAAACAGUCUGAGGCAGGGAGGGUGUUACGUUUUUUGACAAAAAGAAAAAAACAAACCCCCUGAAUAUAAUUUAGAUGAAAGACUGUUGCCUGAAAACCACAAGCCUCACAAAAUCCAGUCCAUGCUUGGAGAGUGAUGAAUUUUCCACUAGGACAAACAGAAAUCACGGAAGGUGGAGACUGUGCCUUGGUGCUAAAAGCCGGAUUAAACAAAAAAGAAAGCCAAGCUGGUGUCACAUAAGGCUGGGGGGAGUUGUGAGAGCCAACGCGGACCAGGCGCCGGCAGCUGUAGAAAGCCCCUCUCUCUCCCGUUUCGCUUCAAGAUGGGGGAAGGCGCCCCCCCGCCCGCAGGGCGCAGCAGGACCCGACGGCGCACACAACUUCACUUCUGCAGCCCCUGAAGCCGCCUCUGGGCUGGCGGCGGCGAGGAGGAGGAGGAGGGAAGCCGAGUCGUUUAGGACCCAGCAGGCAGUGGCAGGCGGCAGCCGUGUGUCUCGCUCAGACUAAGAGGGUCCAGUUUUAAUUCCGUCUCUAAUCUCCGCCUCAGACAGACGGCCGCGCUCGCCCGCGGCCCGCGCGCCCGCCAUGGGGAGCCGCGGCGGAGAAGCGGCCCCGGCGGCGCGAGCUUGAGGGCUGGCGACACCCGCGAGCGCGAGAUGAAGACCCUGGUGCGCCACGGGCUGGCGGUGUGCUUGGCGCUCACCACCAUGUGCACCAGCGUCCUGCUCGUGUACAGCAGCAUCGGCGGCGGCGGCGGCCAGAAGGAGCCGGGCCAGCGGCGGCAGCAGGUGGCGGUGGCGGCCUCGGGCCGGCCGGAGAAGCUGCAGCAGCAGCAGCUGGAGCUGGGCAGUGGCCCGCGGCGCCCGGCGCUGCCGGCGGGGACGGGGCUCCUCGAUGGCUACAUCAGCGUCCUGGCCCACAAGCCUUUAAAAAUGCACUGCAAGAGUUGUGCGCUAGUAACCAGUUCUGGACACCUCCUGGGAAGCAAACAGGGCAACAAAAUUGACCAGACUGAGUGUGUCAUACGAAUGAAUGAUGCGCCCACUCGAGGUUAUGGAAAAGAUGUUGGAAACAAAACUAGCCUUCGAGUCAUUGCGCACUCUAGUAUCCAGAGAAUUCUACGAAAUCGCAAUGAACUGUUAAAUAUGAGCCAAGGUACUGUGUUUAUCUUCUGGGGUCCCAGCAGCUACAUGAGGAGAGAUGGAAAAGGUUUGGUUUACAAUAAUCUGCAACUGAUGAACCAAAUACUACCUCAGUUAAAAGUAUAUAUGAUUUCUCGGCACAAGAUGCUUCAGUUUGAUGACCUCUUCAAGCGGGAAACUGGCAAAGACAGGAAGAUAUCCAACACUUGGCUUAGCACGGGAUGGUUCACGAUGAGUAUCGCAGUUGAGCUCUGUGACAGGAUAAAUGUUUAUGGCAUGGUGCCGCCGGAUUUCUGCAGGGAUCCUAAUCAUCUUUCAGUACCUUAUCAUUAUUAUGAACCUUUUGGACCUGAUGAAUGUACAAUGUACAUUUCACAUGAGCGGGGACGAAAGGGCAGUCAUCAUCGUUUUAUCACAGAGAAACGAGUAUUUGAGAACUGGGCACGGACCUACAACAUUCACUUUUUUCAACCAGACUGGAAACCCGAAUCACUUACUAUAAAUCAGCCUGAGAUUAAACCGGUGUUUUGAGGAAUGAAUGCACAAGACUGCAAUCACAAUCAUCUACUGUACCAGGCUUCAGGGUACUGAACCUCUGCUAACAGCAAACCAGCCUAAAAGAGAAAGGUUAACAGGAAUUGUGGAUGAAAAUGCUACAAUAUUCAGGAAGUUACUGUGAAAGAAUACUUAAAAGGACAUUUUGUAUCAAAGUGUAUCUUAAUCCAAUAUACUGUAUAAAUUGUCCAGCUAUCUGACUUCCUGUACGUGUAUGUGAUUUGUAAAAAGCAACCUGAACAUCAUUAAUAAGAUAUUUAAUUCAUUAUUGUUUUUUAAGGUACAAUGCCCCUGAAUUUUCAUAGUGUAAACUUAUAGUACUUAUUUAAUAGAGGUUUUUAUGCAACCUAGGCCAGUAUUUUUCUAAUUCACAAUUAUGUGGUGAUUUACCUUUCAUAAUCCCUCAACUCCCAAAUUAAUAUUGCUGAUGGUUUAGAAAGGCCUAGCUUCUUAUUUAGAAGUUUUCUCUUUGAAAAAUAUGAUUCUAUCUAGCAUGUAAUUAAUAUUUGAUCUGGAAAUGUUGCAUUUCUUUUUAAAUGACUCCAGCAUGGAGUCAUUAACAGCAAGAACAUUCCCAUGUGAAGGUCUAGUUAAGACUCUACAUUCUUACAGCUCAUGUUACUAUGAAAAUGGCAAAGAAAAUUCCUUUUGAUGUAAAUGUACAUGUGCAGCUAUAACAUCAGGCUUCUCUUUUUUUUUAACUGGAUGGGGGAGCGGCAAGGCAAGGUCUACUGCAUUAUGUUCUUAGUCCUCAUCACCAUCUGUGGCAUUGUAUAAAUAAUCAAGAAAUGAGAGGAGUCAAUGUUGGAGGUCUAAGAGCUUUCUUAAGACAGCCAGAAGUGGAUUCAAAAUAUGUGAUCAGGUGCCUUCCCCUCCAGAAGACAGUGGUAUUUCUUACACAAUGAUCUCAGUCUACAUCAGCCAGAAGAAUAUAUAUAAGUUGUGUUUUAUCAGAUUGCCACGCCAAACUUACUGCAUUUCACUGUUUCAUUAACUUUACUGACUUUUUCCUUGUAGAUUCUGGAUUGCAUUAAAGUUAAGAACCUGAGUGAAUUGAGUUCUCUGGGUCUGAAAUGGUCCUGAUAAAGACAAAAAACUUGGUACUUUCUUCAUAAUGCACUCAAGAGGGCUAGUCCCAGCAAAUUGAAGUGGUAGACAUGAAUAGUUCUGUAUAUGGAAACUCACAUUGUGUCUUACUGGAUUAUAACUGGCUUCUGAAUAAAGAGGAUUUCAUUUGCAGUG